UUGCUCCACGAUGUUCUUGAAACUGGCCGUUUGCUACAUUGCCUCCUAUUGCCAGCCUCCCUGGACCAACAUGCGCGAGUCGAGGAGUUGACUGGCAUGGCUAAGGUCUGUCAGCAACUGCUGGAUCACAUGGGCAGCUUGAUCGUCGCUUGGGGCGCCGACUGGCGUCGACAGUUGUCCGCUUGUCAGCUCCUCUUGCCCAGUCACGCUAAAUCGGCGACGGGGUCGUCAGCCGACGCGAUCUGCUCGCUGGUGACCGAACUCAAACCGGCCUCAAGCGUCACUGGAUCCGACCCAAUCGGUCUGGAUGCCUCAUCACCGGCGGCCAUUCUGGCAGAGGUGAGUUGUUGA